AUGAGCACAAAAGUUGAUCCCACCAACUCCGAUCGUUCGUCGUGGAAGAGAGACAAUCCAAAUCAGGCACGUGAUGCCAUCUCAUGGCACGCUUACACUAGUGGCUUGAAGGCCGGUACUAUCACUGCCAUCUUUGCUGCUGCAGCUGUAGUUACGAGCAACAAGUACUGGCCAGCAUUUCGAAACCGUUUAGGCGUAAGUGGGAAGACGGCACUGAUCGUAUCGCCUUUUCUUGGUGCUUUUACGAUUGUGGCUGAAAAUCAUUUGGUGCAUGGCGCUCGGAACCCUGACAUGUAUUUGGCUACUAUUGACGGCACGUACGUGGCACCGAAGAAAGAGGCGUCGCAGCUUAAAUUAUGGCAGAAAAGUGCCAACUUGUUGUACGACCACCCGUAUCGUGCUCUGAUCACAGUGGGUGUGCCUCUUGUUGGUGGCAUUUAUAGCUACCAGCAUUUGAACAAGGGCAUUUCGGUUUCGCAGCAGAUCAUGCACACACGUAUUUACGGCCAGGCGUCAGUGGUUGUAUUGCUGCUGAGCUCUAUGGCUUUUCAUGACUAUAUGGCCAAGCGUGGCAAGUUUACGAUUGAGGACAAUGAGGAGUAG